GCUUGUUCUUGUUCCUGGCCACUCAACGACACUUUUCGAAAAUGCAUUUUGUUUCGACGCAACAGAUACUUGGCUACAACACUUGAAAGAUGCCGCCGCCAAUGCCUAUCACGAUGCGCGGGACUGGUAAGCUUGCAGCACCAGUCGCCAAGGGAAAGCCUAUGCGGGCGCGUUAUUUUCCGGGAAAGGCACCCGGCGCAGAGGUUUCAUCUGGAUCUGAAGGAGAAGAUGAGGAUGCGCCUGGCGCCAACGAUGCUGCAGACGAAGAGGAAGAUGCUAUUCCAGCGGAGUCAACAGCUCCACGGAUACAGCAACCUUCGAAUGUGCUAGGGGAAGUACCUGCUGAGGCUUCAGAGAGCGAGUAUGAGACAGAUGAAGAAGGCUCAUCCGAAGACGAGCCAUCCGAGGAAGAGGAAGAAGCACCACGUCGUGUCUUGCCCAAACCCAUCUUCCUCUCAAAGUCUCAACGUGCUACAGCGCCAGCUACAGACCAGAGCGGCCUGGAUGAACAGGAACGGCGUAAAGCAGAGUCACGCAAGCGGAUAGAGGAGCAAAUUCGUCUUGAAGCGAUACGGCAGGAGGAAGAAGCCCUUGCGCGGGAUGAGGGACAAGCAGAGGUGGACGAUACGGAUGACCUGAAUCCUGAAGCAGAGCAGCAGGCUUGGCGACUGCGCGAGCUGCAACGGAUAGCGCGGGAACGACAGGUCAUUGAAGCGCGUGAAGCAGAGCGCGAAGAGGUGGAACGCCGUCUUGCAAUGCCAGAGGACGAGCGACUCAAAGAAGAUAUGGAGCGUGUCGAAGCCGAAAAGGCAGAACGGGCUGCUGCGCGCGGACAGAUGGGCUUCAUGCAAAAGUACUAUCACAAAGGGGCGUUUUAUCAAGAGGCACUUGGUGAUCGCGAUUUUUCUGCUCCAGUGGAAGCUGAGCGUGUAGACAAGAUGGCUAUGCCCAAGAUGAUGCAGGUGCGGAAUCUGGACGACGUGGGCAAGCGUGGCAGGACCAAGUACACGCACUUGGGUGACCAGGACACAAGUGCUGGCGACCGCGCUUGGCAAGCAAGUGGGAACAAGCGGCUGCUGAGCCAGAUGGGCGGUAUGAAGGACGAGCUUGAUCAGCGGAAACGCAAGGCUACCUGAUUGCUGCUCCAUGCUGGGUCAAAUAUGACUGCUCUUGGUGCUUGUCUCACAAAUUGCUCCGACUGCUUUUGGACGCGACUCAUCAUGCGCACAGUAUAAAAAGGCCGUCUUCUCCUCUGCUCAUCUCUACAGAAGCACCUGCAAUAUGUCAUUCCUCCGUCGGCGCCCAGCAGGCGAUUCACUUUUGCCCAGCUCAACCGAUUCAACACAAGCGCUCAAGGACAU